GCGCUUCCUCAACAGCAGUAGGAGUGGAAGACUGAAGAUUUGGAAGAGUUGUGUAAAGACCGUGAAGUUUAAAGCUAUCGAGCUUGUGUUAUCUUCUUCUACCUAGCUGGUGUCUCUUUCAGAUGCAGUAUCUUCGACGACAGUUUAUGGUUUCUUAACAACAACAGACUGAACAAUGGAGAAUGGGCAAAACCGCCUCCGUCAGGCCCAGGAGGGUGUGGAGGAAAUCAAAGUUAUCAUGCUGGAUAACAUUGACAAGGCUGAUGAGCGUGCGGGAAAACUCGUGGAGCUUGAGGACAGAGCUGAUAAACUACUUGAACAUAGCGAAAAAUUCUCAAAGACCUCGACUAAGGUGAAACAGAAGAAGCAGCGGGAGAAUAUUAAGUACAAAGUGAUAAUAGCAGCAGGUGUAGCUGCAGUGGUGCUUGUCAUUAUUGUGAUUGUGGCUUUGAGCUUUAGCGAAAAGAACAGCGAAAGCACAUACAAAAACUCAUUAGCUACAGAAGCCCCGUGAGGUGGCUAGAAGAUAAGCUGGCAGAUAAUAUGAGUUGUGUUCGAAAUUCCUCAUAAUGCCACCUUCAAAUUCCUGCUUCGGAUCAGUGAAUGUACAAGCUAAGUCUGUGAUGCUAAUUUCUAUCAAGAUGAUGCUAAAAAAUGUUGUGGGGGGAUAAAAAUGGUACCAUGGUGUCACUAUAAUUUCUGCUUUCAUUUUUCAGUGGUAACACACACAUGGCAUUAAUGGUAACAGUUUACAUGCAUCAUUGUUGGACUUAAGAUAUUUUAGCCAUAAAUUAGAUAAAUCGGUGCCAAAUGCAGGUUAAAGUGUAGCAGGGAAAAACUGUUGGACUGUAGAUUUGUCAGGGAAAGAGCAUUGUUUAUCAGUCUUGUUUUCUAAAGAAAGAAUACUUUCUUGAUUCCGUUUUUUUUUUUUUAUCAGUGAAGGGUGUGUGUUUAUAGAUCUCAACAUUUUUCUGUGUUUGGCUUUUCACAUAUUUGUUACUAUAUAAUGUAAUAUAAUUAUUACAGCCUUGGUACCCACAGCAGUACACAUUUUGGACGUAUCCCUUGUAUGACAGACCCAUUUCCGGUUAAUGAGCUGAUGAGUUUGAACAGAUGUGUUUUAUUGUGGAAACAAACAAAACGUGCAUUAUUUGGAGUAAUCCAGGACCUGUUUGGGGCACGCAUUCUGUGACUAUGGGACAUUUUUGUAUCUAAAGGUUUUGAAAUUUAUUAGUAUUACUGUAACAACCAUAGGAAUUAAGGAGGGGCAUAUUCCCUCAGAAUUCUUAUUUGUCAGUAUAUUAUUUCUUCCAUUUUUUUUUCAAUAUCCACAUGUUAAAAUGGUAGAUUUUGGUCCCUCCCGGGCUUCCAUCCUUAGCCCUGUCAAUGUAAAAGCAGAUUAAUUCUGUAAAAAAAUAGUCAUACCUUGAGAUAGUUAAAUUUGCUGCUAAAACAGCUCUCUAUGUAUGUGUGUACAUAUAUAAAUGUAUAAAUAAACGUUACUUGUGUAAAUAUA